AUGAUUGCCAUUGAGCAUCGCGCUCGAAGCUUCUUCCUACAAUGUCGAGCUUCUGCAGGGUGCAUCCCUCUCCUAUCACCCAGUCGCAGUCGAAGCCUACAGAGACGUGGAUUGGCAACCGUUGUCGAAACUCGACAAGCUCCAGCCAAAGCUCCUGGGACGAAGCCGUAUUAUGUGACGUCGCCUAUUUUCUACGUCAACUCGGCGCCUCACGUCGGCCACCUGUAUACUCUUGUCCUCACGGAUAUCCUCAAGCGAUGGGCAGUCCUCUGCGGUGACGAAAGGGCCACUCUGCUGACGGGCACGGAUGAACAUGGCAUGAAGAUCCAGAAGGCCGCGCAAAAGGCAAAUACCGAUGUCAAACUGUUCUGCGACCACCAUUCGCAGCAGUUCAAGGCGCUGUGCAACGCGGCCAACAUCAGCUACGAUCGGUUCAUCCGAACCACCGACGACGACCACAAGGCUGCGGUCGAGCACUUUUGGACCGAGCUGAAUCACGCGGGCUAUAUCUACGAGGCUGCACAUGAGGGAUGGUACUGCGUCAGCGACGAGACAUUCUAUCCCGAAUCCCAGGUCCAGAAUAUCCUCGACCCCUCCACUGGCGACACCAAAAUCGUGUCGAUCGAGACUGGGAAAGAGGUGGAAUGGACCUCGGAAAUCAACUACCAUUUCAAGCUGUCGGCUUUUCAAGAGCCAUUGUUGAGGUACUAUUCGGAACACCCAAAGGCCAUUAUCCCGAAGCAGCGUCAGGCGUUCAUCAUGAAGGAGAUUGAAGGUGGCCUCAACGACCUCUCCAUCUCGAGACCAAGCUCGCGCCUGCAGUGGGGCAUCCGAGUGCCGGGCGAUGAGAGCCAAACAAUCUACGUCUGGCUAGAUGCCUUGAUCAAUUACUUGACCAUGGCAGGAUAUCCUUACCACGACAGAGCCGAUCCGAACUGGCUCUGGCCUGCUAACUGCCAGGUCAUCGGUAAAGAUAUCGUUCGGUUCCAUACCAUCUACUGGCCGGCUUUCCUGAUGGCCCUGGGUCUCCCGGUAACCAAACAGUUCCUCACGCAUGCCCACUGGACCAUGAAUAACGCAAAGAUGUCCAAGUCGGCCGGCAACGGAGUCAAUCCGUUCUUUGCAAUGGACCGUUAUGGGGUAGACAGCAUCAGGUUCUACAUGGCUUACAACGGCGGUAUCGUUGAUGAUGCCAUGUACGAGAACUCCAAGGUGGCAGAAACAUACCAACACAUUCUGAGGGACGGAUAUGGCAAUCUGCUGCAUCGCGUGUUCAAGAGUAAGAAUUUCAAUGUCCGAGAAGCCGUCAAACUCGUCGGAGAAGACCAGGCCGGAUUUUCGGACUUUCUCUCCAUGGAAGAGAUUGAUGGAUACGGCGACGACAUCCAGGCCCUCCACAAAGGCAUCCAGCAACUGUGCAAGCAAAUAGCCUCCACGCGGAACAAUGUGCGAAAAUGGAUGGCCGAGCCAAACCCACGUAUCGCCGUCGGUCUCAUCACUGACCUGAUCAGAAGCAUGAACAAGUUCUUCCAUAACUCGGCCUUGUGGAAACGGAUCAAGUCGGAUGAUGCCAGCGAACGCCGCAUCGCACAGUAUGGUCUCUAUGCCAGUGCCGAAGCUAUCCGAGUCAUCUCCAUCCUUCUGCAGCCGUUCAUGCCAGAGAGGAUGAAGUUUGCGCUCGAUUUGAUGCAGGUUCCAGACUCGAUGAGAACCUUUGCCCACGCUCAGCUAGGCGCCGACUUCAUCUAUGGGCCUCCCGCCGUACAGCCCGGCGUGAAAGGAUCUCCAGAAGUCAUCUUCCCAAUGCUGCUGUCUGCCAAUUGA